UUCUAAUUUCUUGUUAAUUUAUCCAAGAAGUAAUUCAGUGCUAUGCAUUCCAGCGGUAUGAGUAACGAUAAUUUCCAGAGCAUCAACUUUCUUUCACACGAUACACAAAACUGAAUAAUAAACACUUGACGGGCCUCAAUGAUUUCAUUUCAUUACUGACGUAGAUAACAAAUGACGUCACAUACAUAGUACUUGGAAAUAGUUGCAGCCAUGUUUAUAAUGUCAGUUGCGAUAAAAUGUGAUAAAUGGACUUUGGAAAUAACUAUGUUAUUGGAGAUUUCGUGAAACAUAUAUUCGAGUUAACUUUGGAAAUCGGACAUUCAGCUUCUAAAAUGUGUCAGCUUCCGACUACACAGAUUGGUCUGGUAACUACUGUAACAGUUGUAUUUGCUGUUGUGUAUAUGUCCGAGGCAGCUCUCCCGACAACAUGUGCGAAUGAUGCAGCAUGUAAAUCUGCACAAGGUGGGGACGAUAAUGCCAUUUGUGCAAAAGAAGGAGACACAGGAGGUGAUAACGAUGGUAACUGUGUUUGUGCAGGAGCAUAUAAAGAAAAUGGAGGUGCAUGCGUACAAAAGGUUCUAGACGAUACAUGUGCAGCAGACACAGACUGCGGCGGAGUAGCACAUGCUGCCUGUGAUACAAGUAAUGACCAGUGUGCUUGUAUUGGAGCCUACAAGUCUGAUGGUAGUAGUGGAUGUACUGCUAAAGUUCUAGGUGAUCCAUGUGCAGCAGACACAGACUGCGGUGGAGUAACACAUGCCGCCUGUGAUACAAGUAAAAACCAGUGUGGUUGUAUUGGAGCCUACAAGUCUGACGGUAGCACGGGGUGUACAGCUAAAGUUCUAGGUGAUACAUGUGCAGCAGACACAGACUGCGGUGGAGUAACACAUGCCGCCUGUGAUACAAGUAAAAACCAGUGUGGUUGUAUUGGAGCCUACAAGUCUGACGGUAGCACGGGGUGUACAGCUAAAGUUCUAGGUGAUACAUGUGCAAAAGACACAGACUGCGCCGGAGUAACAAAUGCUGCCUGUGAUACAAGUAAUAACCAGUGUGGUUGUAUUGGAGCCUACAAAUCUGAUGGUAGUGGUGGAUGUACUGCUAAAGGUAAUAGUGACCCCUGUUCAGUUGAUUCAGACUGUGCAGCAGUAACAAAUUCUGCUUGCGAAAGUGACGAUACAUGCGGAUGUGCUGAUGGAUACAAAAUAACUUCCACAACUUGUUCUGCAGUAUUAGGCACAGCGUGUGCUGCAGACUCGGCCGCAGUUGAUUGUACAGACCACGUGGAAAACGCAGCGUGUAUAGAUGAUGCAUGUUCUUGUGCGGCUGGUUACCUGAAAGCUGGCGCUAAAUGUUCAGCAGAGUCGUCAGCUGAUUCUGUGAGGUUUGUCGGCAGUGUGAUUGGCUUUUCUGUUUUCACAGCCAUCGUCGUACAUAUUAUAUAAUGGUGAAUGAAACAAAAUAUGUAAAGUCAUGGGACAGUUUACAUUGACACAGUUAUAAACUUAAAUUAAGUACUAUCGCUUAAAAUUCUGAGUUUCGCUUCUUUUUUACCGAACUUACAGAUUCCUAAAGAAUGCAUACCACGGAUAGUUUCUUUUGCUAGGUACUAGAUCUCUCCAGUUUAGAAAUAUUAAUACAGGACAUAGAUACAUGUACAAUGGAAAAUGCUCGAAGGUACCUAGCAGAACUUUAAGCCAAUGUUAUAAAGUGAUAUUUCAAUACUGUACAACAAAAUCCCCUUGUCCCUUUUAGAGCAAUUUUAUCUCAUGAAUGCAGAUUUAAAUCAAAGUACUAGUUACAUAAAUUGUUCAUGUAUAACCAGAUUUAGAAAAUUAUCUGUAUUUUAACAAACAUAUUCCUGUUAAAAACUAUAUAAAGUGGCAUUGGGGAAUCGUCUAUUCUGUUUUUUAUAUUUU